CCGUGCAUCGUCCGGUUUCCUCUGCCGGCGCUCACAGCACCCGCGCGCUGCAGCAAGUCCGGAGUUGUCCCGCAGCCGGGACAUCCUCUGCUACCGGCGCCCGCGGACGACCCUGCAGCCGAGGCCGGAGCCGAGGCACCCUCGCCCUGCGCACCCCGGGGUCCUGCGCUGCAGCGCGCGGUCCACCUCCACGCCCUCUUGGCGGGGCGGGGCGGGCCGGGGCAGACAGGACCGGCGCCCCAAUUCUGGGCACUGCGCCCGGCGCGGGGUGCGGGAUGGAGAGCAAGGCGCUGCUGGCCAUCGCGCUGUGGCUCUGCGUGGAGUCUCGGGCUGCCUUUGUGGGUUUGCCUAGUGUUUCUCUUGACCCACCCAGGCUCAGCGUACAAAAAGACAUCCUUACAAUUAUGGCUAAUACAACUCUUCAGAUUACUUGCAGGGGACAGAGGGACUUGGACUGGCUCUGGCCCAACAAUCAGAGUGGCUCUGAGAAAAGAGUAGAGGUGACCGACUGCAGUGACGGCUUUUUCUGUAAGACGCUCACAAUUCCAAAAGUGAUCGGAAAUGAUACUGGAGCCUACAAGUGCUUCUACCAGGACACUGAUGUGGCCUCGAUUGUUUAUGUCUACGUUCAAGAUUACAGAUCUCCAUUUAUUGCUUCUGUUAGCGACCAACAUGGAGUUGUGUACAUCAUGGAGAACAAAAACAAAACUGUGGUGAUUCCAUGUCUUGGGUCCGUUUCAAACCUCAAUGUGUCACUUUGUGCAAGAUAUCCAGAAAAGAGGUUUGUUCCUGAUGGUAAUAGAAUUUCCUGGGACAGUAAAAAAGGCUUUACUAUUCCCAGCUACAUGAUCAGUUAUGCAGGCAUGGUCUUCUGUGAAGCAAAAAUUAAUGAUGAAAGUUACCAGUCUAUUAUGUACAUAGUUGUGGUUGUAGGGUCAAAGAUUUAUGAUGUAGUUCUGAGCCCCGCUCACAAAGUCGAGCUGUCUGUUGGAGAGAAGCUUGUUUUAAAUUGUACAGCAAGGACUGAACUAAAUGUGGGGAUUGACUUCAACUGGGAAUACCCUUCUUUGAAGCAUCAGCAUAAGAAACUUGUGAACCGGGACCUAAAAACCCAGCCUGGGAGUGACAUGAAGAAAUUUUUGAGCACCUUGACUAUAGAUGGUGUAACCCGGAGUGACCAAGGGUGGUACACCUGUGAGGCUUCCAGUGGGCUGAUGACCAAGAGGAACAGCACAUUCGUCACGGUCCAUGAAAAACCUUUUGUCGCUUUUAGUAGUGGCAUGGAGUCUCUGGUGGAAGUCACGGUGGGAGACCGGGUCCGAAUCCCUGUGAAGUACCUUGGUUACCCUCCGCCAGAAAUAAAAUGGUAUAAAAAUGGAAGACCCAUUGAGUCCAAUCACACAAUCAAAGUGGGGCAUGUAUUGACGAUUAUGGAAGUGAGUGAAAAGGAUACAGGAAAUUACACUGUUAUCCUCACCAAUCCCAUUUCAAAGGAGAAACAGAGCCACAUGGUAUCUCUGGUUGUGAAUGUCCCACCCCAGAUUGGUGAGAAAUCUUUGCUCUCUCCUGUGGACUCUUACAAAUAUGGCACCACCCAAACGUUGACAUGCACGGUCUACGCAGUUCCUCCCCUGAGCCACAUCCUCUGGUAUUGGCAGCUGGAGGAGGAAUGCACCUACAAUCCCAGUCAAGCUGUCUUAAUGACAAAUCCAUACACCUGUAAAAAGUGGAGAAAUGUGGAGGAUUUCCAGGGAGGAAAUAAAAUUGAAGUAAACAAAAAUCAGUUUGCCCAAAUUGAAGGAAAAAACAAAACUGUAAGUACCCUUGUCAUCCAGUCGGCAAAUGUGUCAGCUUUGUACAAAUGUGAAGCGGUCAACAAAGCCGGGAGAGGAGAGAGGGUCAUCUCCUUUCACGUGACCAAGGGUCCUGUAAUCACUCUGAAGCCUGAUACCCAGCCAACCGAGCAGGAGAGCGUGUCUUUGUGGUGCAGCGCAGACAGAACUACAUUUGAGAACCUCACAUGGUACAAACUUGGCCCACAGACUCUGCCCACACCUAUUUGCAAGAACUUGGAUGCCCUUUGGAAAAUGAAUGCCACCAUGUUUUCUAAUGGCACAAGUGACAUUUUGAUCAUGGAGUUCCAGAAUGCAUCCUUGCAGGACCAAGGAGACUACGUCUGCUUUGCUCAGGACAGGAAGACCAAGAAAAGGCAUUGCGUGGUCAGGCAGCUCACAGUCCUAGAGCGCAUGGCACCCAUGAUGACAGCAAACCUGGAGAAUCAGACCACAAGUAUUGGUGAAACCAUCGAAGUUUCCUGCCCAGUGUCUGGGAAUCCCCCUCCACAGGUUUCCUGGUUUAAAGAUAAUGAGACGCUCGUGGAAGACUCAGGGAUCGUACUGAAAGAUGGGAACCGGAACCUAACUAUCCGAAGGGUGAGGAAGGAGGAUGAAGGUUUCUACACCUGCCAGGCAUGCAAUGUUCUUGGAUGUGCAAAAGUGGAGGCAUUUUUCAUAAUAGAAGGUGCCCAGGAAAAGACCAACUUGGAAGUCAUUAUUCUAGUGGGAACUGCUGUGAUUGCCAUGUUCUUCUGGCUACUUCUUGUCAUUGUUCUACGGACUGUUAAGCGGGCCAAUGGAGGGGAACUGAAGACAGGCUACUUGUCCAUCGUCAUGGAUCCAGAUGAACUCCCCUUGGAUGAACACUGUGAACGCCUGCCUUAUGAUGCCAGCAAAUGGGAAUUCCCCAGAGACCGGCUGAAACUAGGUAAGCCUCUUGGACGUGGUGCCUUUGGCCAAGUGAUUGAAGCGGAUGCCUUUGGAAUCGACAAGACAGCAACUUGCAAGACAGUGGCCGUCAAAAUGUUGAAAGAGGGAGCAACACACAGUGAACACCGAGCCCUCAUGUCUGAACUCAAGAUCCUCAUUCAUAUUGGCCAUCAUCUCAAUGUGGUCAAUCUUCUAGGCGCCUGUACCAAGCCAGGAGGCCCACUCAUGGUGAUUGUGGAAUUCUGCAAGUUUGGGAACCUAUCAACUUACUUAAGGAGCAAGAGAAAUGAAUUUGUCCCCUACAAGACCAAAGGGACACGAUUCCGUCCAGGGAAAGAAUACGUUGGGGAAAUAACCAUGGACCCUAAACGCCGCUUGGACAGUAUCACCAGCAGCCAGAGCUCAGCCAGCUCUGGAUUUGUGGAGGAGAAAUCCCUCAGUGAUGUGGAGGAGGAGGAAGUUUCUGAAGACCUGUACAAGAACUUCCUGACCUUGGAGCACCUCAUCUGUUACAGCUUCCAGGUGGCCAAGGGCAUGGAGUUUUUGGCGUCUCGGAAGUGUAUCCACAGGGACCUGGCGGCACGGAAUAUCCUCUUGUCGGAGAAGAACGUGGUUAAAAUCUGUGACUUUGGCUUGGCCCGGGAUAUUUACAAAGACCCUGAUUAUGUCAGAAAAGGAGAUGCACGCCUCCCUUUGAAAUGGAUGGCCCCAGAAACAAUUUUUGACAGAGUGUACACGAUUCAGAGUGACGUGUGGUCCUUUGGUGUCUUGCUCUGGGAAAUAUUUUCCUUAGGUGCUUCUCCAUAUCCUGGAGUAAAGAUUGAUGAGGAAUUUUGCAGGCGAUUGAAAGAAGGCACUAGAAUGAGGGCCCCUGAUUAUACCACACCAGAAAUGUACCAGACCAUGCUUGACUGCUGGCAUGGGGAGCCCAAUCAGAGACCCACGUUUUCAGAGCUGGUGGAACAUUUGGGAAAUCUGUUACAGGCUAAUGCUCAGCAGGAUGGCAAAGACUACAUUGUCCUUCCGAUAUCAGAGACUUUGAGCAUGGAAGAGGAUUCUGGACUCUCUCUGCCCACCUCACCUGUUUCCUGUAUGGAGGAAGAGGAAGCGUGUGACCCCAAAUUCCAUUAUGACAACACAGCAGGAAUCAGUCAGUAUCUGCAGAACAGUAAGCGAAAGAGCCGGCCUGUGAGUGUAAAAACAUUUGAAGACAUCCCAUUGGAAGAACCAGUAGUAAAAGUAACCCCAGAUGACAACCAAACGGACAGUGGUAUGGUUCUUGCAUCAGAAGAGCUGAAAACCUUGGAAGACAGAAACAAAUUAGCUCCGUCUUUUAGUGGACUGAUGCCCAGCAAAAGCAAGGAGUCCGUGGCAUCUGAAGGCUCCAACCAGACCAGUGGCUACCAGUCUGGGUAUCACUCAGAUGACACGGACACCACCGUGUACUCCAGCGAGGAGGCAGAACUUUUAAAGCUGAUGGAGAUUGGACCGCAGGCUGGCAGUGCAGCCCAGACUCUCCAGCCCAACGCUGGGACCGCACUGAGCGUUCCUCCUGUUUAAAAGGAGGCACCCAAAUCCCUACUCCUGGAAAUCACAUGCGAGGUGCUGCUCAGAUUUUCAAGUGUUGUUCUUUCCACCACCAGGAAGUAGCUACAUUUGAUUUUCAUUUUUUUAAAAAAAGGACCUCAGACUGCAGGGAGCCAGCCCUUAGGCAUUUCCUGACAAGAUGCCUGUGACCCAAGAAUGUGUUGUGUCUCCUCCCAGUGUUGACCCUAUUCUCUUUUUCAUUCAUUUAAAAAACAUGUAUGAUGCUCCGUGUUGUGGGUCUCCCCCAGGUUAUAACAGGAGAAGUUCAAGAAAUGGCUUCGUCCUCCAAGAAGUAGCCAUACCUGGGGAGUUGACACCUCUGUAAAACAAGAGCUGAUCCAGGCAGUGGACGUGCUGUUGGUGUUGAAGAUGGGACAGACCGUUAGGGUUGAGGCCAUCUGAGAGGCUUUGUUUAGGAUGUGGGUCCUGAGCCAAGUCUUACAUGUGGGGUUUGGACUGCUAGAAAGGAAGAUGUCGGCUUGCUUUGAGAGCCUACUGGAGCCUGCACAUGCAUUGUGUUGGCUCUGGUGGAGGUGAGCAUGGGGUCUGCAAGGGAAUGUAAAGGCUUCAGACGAACUUACUGGUUUUAGAAGGUUGCGUGCUCUUCCCGGUUGGGCUAAAUGAGAGUUCCUUGUGCUGUUUCCGACUCCUAAUGAGAGUUCCUUCCGGACUCUUACGUGUCUCUUGGCCAAGCCCCAGGAAGGAAAUGAUGCAGCUCUGGCUCCUGGUCUCCCAGGCUGAUCCUUUAUUCAGACACCACAAAGGAAGGACAUUCAGAAGAGGCCCCCUGUCGUGCUGAAGAAUUCUGACUGUACAGACCAGCUUCGGGUUUCUUCUGGCUGAAUACUCACAUACUGUCCCGACGUGAUACGCCCGAGCCUGAAUGCAGCAGGUUCAGUGUCAAGCUGUGGGGUCAAAGCCUCAGAAAGGAGUUUACCCUUCUGUUCCUCUCUCCCCCCGCCCCUCCCGUUCACCCCGACUAGUCAGUGUUUCAGUAAUUUGGCCUCUACACCCUAGUCAACGCUAAUUUGGUUUGUUCACUCUCUGAAUAAUUAUUAGUCAGAUUUCAAAAUUAUUUUAUAGCCCAAGUUAUAACACCUAUUGUAUUGUGUAGACUUUUAACAUGUAAAGCUAUUUCUACUGGUUUCUGCCCUUGUUGUUGCCUUCUUAAAAAACAAAAUGUAUUUUUCAUUUGGUACCAUAGUGUGAGAUGCUGGGAACCAUGACUCUAAAACAUGCUAUGGCACAUAUAUUUAUAGUCUGUUUAUGUAGAAACAAAUGUAAUAUAUUAAAACCUUAUAUUAUAUAUAGGGAACUUUGUACUAUU